AGUGCUGGCUAGCUACGCAAGUUCAAUGGCCUUAUAUAAAAAGAGAAAAGAAAAAAACUUCAUAAUUUUGCAACAUUUGCGAAGACAGCAGCUAUUGCUUUACGGGUUACUGCAGAGGAACGCUACUCAGAGAUCCCUCUGGAAAUUGAAUCGGCAGUCUUCUUUCUGGGAAGUUAAUUGCAAUUGCAACGAUGACCAUUUCUUUAAGACGCACUUCCGCAUGAACCGCACUAGUUUCGAAACACUCUGUGGUUUCCUCAAAAACCUGCACAAAGCCGACACAAACUGGCGCAACGCGAUUCCAUUGCAAAAACGCGUUGCGAUAGCUCUAUUUACGCUGGGAUCGUCUGGGGAGUACAGAGUGGUUUCCGAACUAUUUGGUGUUGGAAUAUCGACCGUGUGCACAAUCUUGUGGGAGUUUUGCGAGGAAGUCUGGCAAGCUUUGUCAGCGCAAUACAUAAAGAAAUUACCACCGACUCCACAAACUUUAAAAGACUGUGUUGAUGGUUUUGACCGUCUCGGCUUUCCCCAAUGCCUUGGAGCAAUUGAUGGGUGCCACAUCGAAGUUAGGCCGAAUCCAGCCGAUGCAACCGACUACCACAACUAUAAAGGAUGGUAUUCUAUUGUUCUACUAGCUGUAGUGGAUUAUAGAUAUCGGUUUUUAUAUGUGAACAUUGGUGCUCCUGGACGAUGCAAUGAUUCGCAGAUAUAUAAUGCAUCGUUAAUGAAGCGAGUAAUGGAGGAGAACGAAUUACUGAAGGUCAGUAAGAAAGAAAUAGGUGGAGUACAAAUGCCUAUAUGCAUUAUUGGAGAUUCUGCGUUUCGGUUUUCCACCUCCUUAAUGAAGCCAUACGCGUUUUCAAUGGCCUUAACUGAAACACAAAAACUCUAUAAUUAUAAGCUUUCAAAGUGCAGAAGAGUAGUUGAGAAUGCAUUUGGCCACUUGAAAGGACGAUUCCGUCGUGUUGGAAAAGGUUUAGACAACCGAAUUGGGAAGGCACCCAUCAUUAUUAGAGCCUGCUGCGUCUUGCACAAUUAUUUAAAUGAAAUGAACGACACUAUAAAUGACAUGUGGUUGGAGAGAUUGCAAGAAGUGAACAGAAAUCUCAGCUGAAGAAAUAAGGCAAGGACUAUGCAAUUAUUUUAGUGAGU